CUUUCCUCUCUGUAUAUUAGCCGUCCUAAACUAUCAGUCACACACUCCACGAUCAAAAAUGGCUUCAGCUUCAUCAUCGGCGGCGAGAUCACUCAUCCGUGACGGAAAAUCAGUGGCGAAUCUACUCCUCCGUGGACGUACGACCAAUCUUACUGAGACAGUGCAGAACAAUAGACCGGCCAUUCGAUCUCUGCUUUGGUUUAACCAGACGCCGGCGGCUAGCCAAUACCCUGUUUUCUCUGAAACUUUUCCGGUUAUGCAAUCCGGUUUACGUGUCGGCUUCGUUCAGAAGGAGGCUGUCUCGGAGAGGAUAGGGAAAAUGGAGGCGGCUCAUGGAAAGCGAGUGGUGGACAACGAGGACGCUGAUUCAGAGGAGGAGACAGAUUUUGAUGAGGAAGAGAUUGAUGACGUGGAUAUCGACGACGAUGAAGAUUUUGAUGAUAUUGACGAUGAUGAGGAAGAGGAGGAUGACAAGUACACAAGGAAGAAGAAGUAACUCUUUUAAUUCUUCACAAAAUGCUUCUGUUUUUGCUUGAGAUUAAUGGCUUAGACGACAUAAAACUUUCCUUGAUGAAAUGAUUUUUAAAAUGACGAUUUCUUCUUGUUUGUCUCAUUAUAUUUUCCUUCACAUUCCAAAUUUAUAAUAAAAUUAGUGGUUUUGG